AUGUCGCUGGACUGGUUGACACCAUCCCAUCUUGGGAGACUCAUGAACAGCCUAGUAACAAUGUCCUCUUCAUGGGAGAGUGUCUCACGGAACGGUAGCCAAGACCUCACCGGAACCGCGCGGAAGCGAGGAGUCUCGGCCCGAGGCGUCCGCGGGAGCCCGUUCCCGGGGCCGGACCCCAGCCCGAGCGCCCGCAGGAGCCCCCGCCCGGAUCGCAGGUCUGAACGAACUUCUACACUUCUUCGCUUGCGAUCGGAAUUUCACUCUUCGGAAUCUCUGUCUUCUCGUUUCCGUCGGGGCUGCGCGCCCACAACCCUGCGUCGCCAGCCGCCUGCCAGCCAACGACUUCCAUCUAUUCGGUUGCCGUCUAAUUGCUCUUUAUCUUCGCAGAUGGUCAGCAUUCCCACCUCCCCCAUCAUCUCCGCCCUCACUGCGGCCCGGCUGCGGGAGGGGAGCGCGGCCCGAAGACCUCGUCCUCCUGCUUCUGGUUUCUCGCUGCUGCAGCUGACGCUGAAAUUCGCUCUGGCCGCUGCCUCUUCCCGCUUUAAUCCCAGACCUCCAGUCAUUGGGCAGCUCCUCAGAGGCAAGAAGUCAACACCAUGGCAACCCGACAAGCCUAUCAAAUCACCGGCUGGCGUGACCGCGGCAGGGUUGUAGACGAGAGUGGGCUGGGCAGAGGAACAGAGAGGCCACUAGCUCAGGUACACAGUCUGGGGGUGGUCAGCAGCUGUCAGCCUCCACCGUCUGGCUACACAGAUGUGCACCACCCAGUUCAUAGCCGGACCCUAAAUUCCCUAGUAGGUGAGGAGGAGGAGGGGGAAGGGUGUGGAUAGGACUGAGAUUGUUGCAGAAGAGCUUCAAGCUCAAAGUCACCAAAGCCCUAGAUUCUGUGAACUAAAGAUGCCUUGAGCCUAGAGUGGAAGGAACCACCAAGUCACAACAGCCUCAGAACCAAUUGUCAGAACUUGGCCCAAAGGUGUGUUUUUUUUUUUUCUUCAACAGUCCUGCCACUGGCUUAAAAAAAAAAAUUAAUGCAACAUUCUGCUUUGAGUGGGAAAAGGAUAAAGGAAAAUGUUGCCUGUUGAACUUUUACUGUCUGCCCGUGUUGGGAUAUAUAUAAAAUAUAUCUCAAUAUCGAUUUCAGCUAUGCCUUGGAACCGUCCUAAACUUUACCUGAAAUUGCAUUUUCCUUGUUUUUUCAUAAACUGCGUGCUGUUUGUCAUGUGUGGCCUAGAUUUUGAUUCUCUGAAGAGAAGAAACAAAGGAGACUUGAAAAUGGGUAACUAGAAAAUCUGUGUGUCCCUCCUGGGCCUACUCAGCCUUUGUAUUUCCUUGUUUUCCUUGAGAAAGUCCCCAGAAAGACAGGACUUCCGUUAACAUUUCAGAGCAUCUUGUUCAUAGGAUAUAGACUGACUUGCAUUUUUCUUUCUUGUUUUUAAAGGCAGACAAUGUUUUUGAGAAACACACAACAUAUUAUUUCUGAUUAGCUUAUAAUUUCAUUGUGAAAACUUUCAACACAUAUUUGUUCAAGACUAUAGAAUGCUGUCAGUGACCAUAUGUUCCCUUCUGCCACUUACAUCGUUGCUGAUUUCUAAAUUUCAGAAUGUAAGUUGGUCUCCUAAAAAAAAGAGAAAUCCACUUAAUAAUAAUGUUAAUGUGUCAUUUUUGAGAACACCUUGUAUGAAAUCUAAAAUCAACCCUUAAGUCCACUGCACAUAAACAAAAUCUACUAUAUACACAAUUUUCAUAUUGAUCUAACAUUUAUUAUGGAGAGACUUUCAGUGUGGAAGUAUUUAAGUUACACUUGGCAUGCAUAAAACACUGUAGCACUGGAAAGGUUUCUUAAACAGUGAUUGUAAUAUUAAGAAAAGUAGGACAGAGCCAAUUUUGUGGCUCUACCCAGAAAUUUAAUGAAAUCUUGAAAUUCAUUUUCUUCCUUUCUCUAUAUUUCAUUGUUGAUGGAUUCUGAUAGUUUGAAAUAGUACAUCUCCAAAUAUAACCUUAUUACAUACAAAAAAAGGGAGUAUUGAUAACUGACACUGGAGAACAGGUCAUAAGAUACGAGAGAAAACUUUUGGACAUAAUAUAAUCUUCCCUGCACUGAGACUCUACUAGCAUUCUGGUGACAUUUUUUUUUAUUCUGUGCCACUCUACAGUUCAACGAUGAGCUGCGGAGCACACAGAGUUGAAAUUUGGUCAUAGUUUAAAUGGCUACCUCAAUGCCGAGUUAUUGAUAUCUUCAAAUGUUUUGGGCUAAUCCACAUGACAUUUGAUGUGCACUGACUGUUUACAGUGGCAAAUGUCAGAAGAAACAGAAUACUCUAAUUGUAAAUUAAAAUGCAUGUUUCUGAUCUAUCUCCCAGAACCUAACUUUUAAAUUUAAGAUGUUUUUUAAAAGAAGUUAAAUGAAGUGUACAAAACUCUUUUAGUACAUUUUGGUGGCAGUAAGAGUACAUGGACACAGGAAAUGUGAUAACAUUUAAAAUUUCAUUGUUUCUUUUAAGGGUAUAUCUUUAGUUACUGGAAAACUUUAAAUACCUUAGGAUCUAUAAUAUUCUUUGUGAAUGAAUGUGUGUGUUUAUGUAUAGUGGUCAAUGACAUGAACAGAAACUGUCAUUCAAAUGUUCUUCCAUGUGUAAUAUUUAUAAUUUUAAAAGCAUUAAAAUGAGGCAGAAUUAAUAAAUUAGUAAAUUGCAUUUA